UUCAAAAUGUUGUCUUUGUCCUUUUUCAAAUCUGCAACUUGUGUUUGACAGACCCUUAAGCUUCUGUUGUUGCUUUCUGGAGGAGGUUGGUUCUAACACAAAGUUGGAGACGAAGACCGUUCCUGAAACAGACAACAACCCUAACAGUAUAACGUACCUUUUAUCUCAUACUGUCCGAUUAGGCACUCAAUCAGCACUACCUUGGGUAUAUUUGCAUAUGGAGAAUGAGAUGUGGACCCAAUAUGAAGAACACGGCAUAAACAUACCGCGGGACGAGGAACAAGAUCUGGUAAAAAACACAGAAAAAUUCCGCGCCUGCUCUAUGCUUUCUACUGAAACACCUAGAGAUUCUCCUCCGGAAACACCACCAAGAAACCCUCCACCUGAAGCACCACCAAGACACCCUCCUAUCAGCUUCAGGAAAUGUAUGAAAUAUAUAGUGUUGAGUAUGAAGGACAUUCCUGAUCAUUUUCAUUACAUGUUGCUAGCGUCGGGUGGUGCUUUUCUAAAAUUCAAAGCAGAAAAGUUGACAACUCAGUUUGAUUUCAAACUGGAGGACUUAUCUGACACAGGAAUAGUGGUGUUGAGCUUUGGGGAAGCCUUAGGAGUGUUUAAUCCAGAGAUCACAGAUGAAAUGACAAUCAUGGUGGGUUAUCUUCUGGUUUUGUUGCUGAUUUGGCCACUGCAACCAGUGUAUCAGAUUUCAAUCAUGCUAAUAUUGAUUUCUGAAUCACUUCACUAUGUUCUAAAGUUGUUCGGCAAGUUGUCGGGGGUGUAUGUGGCUUAUGGUGUUUUCAAGCUUCCUCUCAUCUGCUUUACUGCUACAGCGGCUUUUGCCCUUUCUCUCUUUGUUUGUUUUAUGAUGUUGCUCAUGAUUUACCUUAUCCAGAGAUAUGUAGGUGCAGGAAAAACAAAAGUGGGAGAACCUGGUUUUACUUUCGAAGAUUUUUCGGUAUUUGUUCAGGGGAUGAUGGGUGGUGAAGUUGAAUCAUACAAAUAGCUUUAUGUCGUACUUGAUUAAGCUCUCAACAACAACAACCCACUAUUUGGUUGACGUAAUUCAAAACUUAUUACAGCAUGUGUUUUACCUUGUUUCGUUUUGUUUGCAUGAUGUUGAAACUCAUUGCUUAUGAUCUGUGGUAUCCAGCUUUUAGUAUUGGCUUCUUAAGGCCCAAUAACUCAUGAGUUUCGUUAUUAUUCUGCUUGUAUUUUAUAUCUUAUCUUGCAUGUAUUUUAUGAACAAUAAUGAUCUUUUGCUUUCGUGUCUGAUAUAGUUUGUUUUGUGUAUGAUAGAACUUCGUGUC